CGCAUUUGUAUUGCCAUUCUAAAUUCUCCUGCAUGAUGCGCAGCACUUCAUUGUAUUUCGGUAAAUCAGUGUGGAAAGCAAGUCAGAUUAUCCUAAAACACACAGUAACACGAUUAUUAAACAACCUCCAGUUAAAAAGUUGUUCUACACAGUCAGGCACCGGCUUGAACAUGGCGUCUUCCGUACAUGAGAAAGUGAAGAAUUAUUACACUUCUCUAGAGUCCUCAGACAGUUUGCAGACCAACGCUGCUUGCUCUGCUCUAUCACGUCCACUCUCCCAAAGCAUACAGGAAGCCCUCAAACAAGUCCAUCCAGAGGUCUGCAGAAGGUUCUUUGGAUGUGGUGUGGUGGCUCCAGAGAAGCUGAAAGGCUGUUCGGUUCUGGAUCUUGGAAGUGGAUCAGGUCGGGACUGCUAUGUUCUUAGCAAACUGGUGGGAGAAGAUGGGCAUGUCACUGGCAUUGACAUGGCCGAGAAGAUGAUCCAGUCAUCAAGAGAGUAUAUCCAGUACCACCAGGAGUGUUUUGGUUACGCCAGGCCUAACACCGUGUUUGUACAUGGAUACAUGGAGAAGCUCAGUGAUGCUGAGAUACAGGACAACUCUAUGGAUGUAGUCGUAUCAAACUGUGUCAUAUGUCUGUGUACAGACAAGAGAGCUGUUUUAAGUGAAGCGUACAAAGUGCUCAAGGUAGGCGGUGAAGUUUAUUUCAGUGACAUGUAUGCAAGCAAGGUUGUUCCAGACUUUUACAAAGAGGAUUCAGUUCUUUGGGGUGAAGGAAUGGCUGGCGCCCUCUACUGGCAUGAUUUCAUUUCUAUGGUGAAGGAACUGGGCUUCUGCACACCUCAAUUGGUUGCAGCUAGUCAUAUUGUUGUCCACAAUCCAGAGCUCCAAAGAAAAGCAGGUGAUGUUAAAUAUGCAUCUGGGACCUACCGUGUCUUUAAAGUGCCCAGGCACGACAUCCAGACCACAGCACUGGUCACAUACAAUGGAACUGUGCCAGGUUACCCUGAAUAUUUCCAGUUUGAUGCUUCAAACAUCUUUAAGACAAAUGUGGCUGUAGAGGUGGAUGCUGAGAUGGCUGCUAUCCUGCAGUACUCACGUUUUUCACCAGACUUCACUAUUCAGAUAACAGACAAGCCAGAUCUGAGCCUCAGCUCUAAUCAGCAUUACUGCCAUCUGAACCCUUUUAGCUUGGCUGACAAACUGGGCUCAUCAGUAAACCAGUGCUCAAAGACUAACAUCACGGACGUCUGUGGCAGCAAGCCAGCCAGUGGAAGCUGUGGGUAACGUGGCAAAGCCCGCCAUGCAAGCUCAAAGUGGGAUGAAGUGUUUCAGCUGUACUAUUUGCUGCUUUUAAAAUCUCACUAAUUACAGUAAUCUUUUUAACUAAUCAUUAAAAAACCCUACACCUGCAGCAAGAACUGAACCCAGGUACUUAGGACCCAUUUUGCUACACAGCCUACAAUCUGCCAGCUGUGCCACUGUGUUGUCUGGGGAAAAAAUAUGAGAAACAUUGAAUAAUGGAAUAUUUUAUGUAUGUCUGCAGUACUCCUGUUCUGGUUUCUCAAAAAUAACAUUAAUUUAUUGUUUGUCUUACCACCACUUUGUCCUGGUCUGGGUCAUGGUGGGUCAGAUUUAUUGGGCGAAAGGCUGAAAACACUGCGGGCAGGUUGGCAGUCUAUCACAGGGCAAACACACACACACACACACACACUUUCACUUUUUAGUAGCUUCUACUGACCUGACUGCAUGUUUUUUUUAUUUGUGGGAGAAAACCAGAGCACCUGGAGGAAAUCCACACACAGGGAGUCGCAGGGAGAACAUGCAAACUCCAAACAAAAAGGGUCCUGGCUGCCCAGCCAGGGAAAGGAACCCAGACCGUACUUGCUGUUAGGUGACAGUGCUACCCACUACACCACCCUGCCUCCCCUCAAAAAUAACAAUAAAGCAGAAUUUCUCAUUCUACUAUACUUAACAUAGUAACAAUGGUGAUGUUAUUUUAUCGUCCCUAGAUGGCAGUAAUGUUCUGAUAUUGAGUUCAGAGCUGACCUGUUUAACUGUAACACAUUAACAUGCUAUAUUGAUAAUGACUUGGUCCAUGCAGUAUUUGCAUUUGGGUACAUUGUGGAUUUAGUUCAGUCACACAUGUUUUUAAUAAAAACAGCAGGAAAUUGCCUCACA